CUUUACAGAUGUGAAUGGUGGGGAAUGGGAUCCAGCUUCCCAGCUGGCUUCCAGGUCAGAAGGUCCGGCAAAUCGCAUGAAAGUGCCUCCAGGGAGGGCCUUGCCAAGUCGUCGGCUGGAGUCCCGCUGGCACCCCAGGGGUCCUGAGAGAUGGAAAGAGGAAUUGAAAAGAGGAAAAUACUCCCCCGUCCUAAAGGAAAUCAAGACGGAUUUUGAGAAGGCAGCUCCUGGUGUGACUGGAGGUGAAGAUGAUCCAGCUUCCCCUCUGAGUUCCGGGACUGAAACUGCGGCAGAUCACGUGGAAGUGCCCCCAGGGAGGGCCUUGCCGCGUCCUCGGCUCCUUCCUGUGCUGGAGCCCAGCUGGAAUCCCAGGGGU